UUCUAGCUGACUACUCACUAUGAUAGUUUUGACUUCUGACUAAUUGGUUACAAAAUUUAAAUUUAGUUACAACUGUAAACAAGAACUUAACGAAACCAACAGUACUAAAUAUUCACAUUUAUUUAGAUUGAUUUUCAAUUUGUCGUGUAAUUAUGUUAGCGGAGGUUUGAUCGAGUUUUAUAAACAGUCUGAACCGCUAAUCAACAUGUCUUAUAUAGAGGAAGAUAACAUGCUCACUGCCCCGUGGGUAGGUCAAACAUCAUAUAAAAACGGUUUAACUAUUGCUGUUCUUGCUGUAAAUCGUGAUAUAGUUGAGAAUAUAUCAGAAGCUUUGAUCCACGUUCACAAAAAAGAAGACUUUCAGUGGAAAAUUAUUGUUCUACGCUGUAUUGAUUUGGAAAGGAUCAUCAGUCAGUCCGAUAUCACAGGAAGGGUUGGAAUAGAUUUCAUGGUCAUUGCUAUAGAUUUAAGCACCGUUUUUUGUAUUGAAUGGGUAAAGAAAAUGCUAGAUAAAGUCCACCCAGAUUUAAAAAUGCGUCGAGUGGUAUUGGUGAAUCCUUGUGGGCUCUCUAUUGAUUCAAUGGCUGUGAAUACAAGUGAUGUUUUAUCAUUUUGCAAAGAAAACAAAUUAGAAAUGAUAAACGCAAACAUUGCAAAAAUGGAUGAAGCAGAAUAUUUAGCUCAGAGGUUAUUGAACUAUAUUGGAGCAUCAAUUGGUUACAAAACAGGAAUACCUAAUCUAAAUUUACUAUAAAAGCUAGAUUUUUUAUUAAUUUGAGAUGAUGCACACUACAGUCUAGACAAGAUUGCCAAAAAUGAAAUAACAAGGGCUGAAUGCAAGUGUGAAAACGUCACAAUUGUAAUAAUGAUAUAUGAUGCAGCAUUUUAUGUAAAAAUAUUCUAAAAAGAAUAAAAAUUUUCAAACAAAAGAAAAUGUAAAACAAUGAUCUAAUUUGAAUUGGUAAUUAUACAAAAAAGCUGGUGAAUAUUAAAUUCCAUAUAAUGUGAA